GAUUUGAGGAUUAAUAAAUACGAGAAAGCCGUUGAUAUUAGAUAAGAUGUCAGCAGAAGAUAUUAAGGAUAUUGUUUCACAAACAGAAGAUCUUAUAAUUGAGGAAGGCGCAGAGAAGGGUCAGAAGAGUACGAUUCAUGUGGAGAAAGAAGCAGGGAAUAAAAUUUUUAUUGGGAAUCUUAGUUAUAAAACGACAGAAAGUGAUCUUCGAACGUUGCUGGAGAAUAUUGGGAACAUUACAUCGAUAAGUAUGCCGACGCGUCGUUCAUAUAAAUUGGGUGUCACUCGUUCUCUGGGAAUUGCUUUUGUGAGUUUUUUGUCAGGACAAGAUGCCCAGAAUGCUAUUGAGCAAUGUAACCAAAAAGAGCUUUUGAAUCGGAAGAUUAUAGUUACUCAUGCAAAUCCUUAUCAUACGAGGUCAUCUAAUCGGCGACAAAGACCAGCCAAGAUCAAAACGAAGAAAAUGUCUAAAAAGACUGCUGAUGGGCUAGGUUUCAAGGAAUCUUCUAAGUCUAAAAAGAAUAUGCCUGGCAUUAAUGCUAAUGGUACUGCACCUGGUACUCAGAAACAGACCGAUCGUAAUGUUUCUGAAGGAGAUGCUAAACAUAACCAAACCCGAUCAUCUAAUCGGCCAGGAGUUAGACGUACACCCAAGGGACCUCCUGCUGAUGGCAUUAACAGUAAAACAACAAUUUUUGUAGCAGGGCUUUCGUAUGAUACAAAUGACGUAGAUCUUAUAGAAUGGUUUUCGGCAUAUAAUCCUCAAAGUGCAUAUGUUGCUCUUCGCCCGUUACCUCGCUAUUUGGCCGAAAGAUUAGCAGCAAAAGGUGAGCGACGAAAAGGGCGUGGUUUUGGCUUUGUUACGUUUGAAAAUGAGGACAUGCAAAAUAAGGCGGUAGAAGAAAUGAACGAUAAAGAAAUCUGUGGCAGGAAAUUGACUGUAAAAAUUGCUGUUGAUAAACCUCAACAAGUUCAAGCGCUAUCCAAUGAUUUUCGUGAUUCUUGUAUUGGUAACACUGUUACAGAAUAAUGAUUAUGAACAUAGAUUAUACAUGUAGUAUAGGAAGAUUUUAAAUGCUAUAAAUCUUAU